GUUCUGUUUCGUUCAAUGGGUGCCAGUGCGCCAGUUGUGGCCCAGGUAGAGAUGGAGCACCCGGAUGGGACCUUCGACAUCGGCUGGUUUGACCAAGCGGGCAGCAAACAGCAGGCCACCGCUGUUCCCGGAGCAUCGCUGGAGCCCUACAUGCCGGCCCUGCAAGCAAGCGCGUUGCUGCAGGAUGUUUUCAGCAAAGUCGCGGGCCAAGUGCCUCCAUCACUGGAGCGAUGGUCCAGCAUGGACAUCGGAAGGGGCGAUAUCCAGCGAGCUGCUGUCACGUGUCUGGACGGCCACGCACUGGUGCGGUCCCAGCCAAGUUACUGGUCAUCGUCUGUGCAGUGUCGUUUCUGCCUAGAUGCCAUACCUGCAGGGCAGGUGCGAAUGCACUGCUACAGCUGCAACUAUUCUCUAUGCGGGAAGUGCUUCCUGCAAAACCAGAAUCCCCACGUCGGUCAGAACCCGGCCGGAUUUGAGGAGAUCCGUCAUUCCUUGGCGAUUUGGCCAAGAUGUGAUAACGGACACAGCCUCGAGCGCUUUGGGGGCGGAACUGCCGAUGGGGGUGCCAGCUGCAGUUCUUGCAGCCAGCCUGAGAUCGGUAGCACUGGUCCCUUCUUCCUGAUUUGUCGGUUUUGUCAGCAGCAGCUUUGCCACGACUGUUCCCGAAGAUCCCUCUGCACUCUUCUGGAUGCUGCCUACGAGCCUCGAGUGGCCCGGGCAGACGCCGUCGACUCCGAUGCUGUUCGCCGCCUCUUCGCUGAGUUCGGUGUCGAGGAUGAAGCUUACCUCAAUGAUGCUCAUGAUCCAGCGAGGAGGUCAACAAUUAAUAUGACCCUGUGGCAUCGCAACGAUGCCGGCCACCAAGAUAUUCUUGGAUUUCAGACGUACAUCGCAGACACCUCUGGCUUCGAGGGACUCCAUCCAACUCGAAGCUCCAGGCAUCAAGUUCUGCCGCUCCCGCUGCAAGCGGCUUUGUUUACACGGAUACUUUCCACACGUUCGCAAGGUGAAGCACUAGAGACCGAGGUCAGCAACCACCACCCCGACAAGCAGGGCAGUGUGUCCAAGGCUCGGCAGGCUCUGGGCCCCAGAAAGGGAGACUUCAUGACUGUUGACUUCUUCACUGGGUGUUCUUGUGAUGCUGAGUCGUAUGGCUCGGGAUCGACUCAGAGCUUGCGUUGGCUGCAGAGGUCAGAAGGACACAGCGACACGACUGGUCUGAACGUCAAGGACAACUUCGUCAACAGAGUUGCCGAGAAGUGUGGGGCCGCCGUUGUGCGCAUCCAGACGGAGCAGAAGGUGGAGAUUCCUUCCAUCGGGAACGCAGACAUCUUCUCCUUCUUCUUUGGAAUCAAACCCGAGAUCAAUCAGCAGGAGCGGAAGAUCAAAGGCCAAGGCUCCGGAUUCUGUGUCGAUGGCGCGGUGGGCGUGGUUCUGACGAAUGCCCAUGUGGUCCAGGGAGCAGACAGGAUUCUGGCCAGCUUCCCUGGGAGACGAGCCGCCAUCGAAUGUGAGAUCCUUGAGACUGAUGAGGUCAUCGAUCUGGCGGCUUUGCGCGUGAAGGACAAGUCCCAGCUCCCACUGCCUUCCAUGGCGCUGGGGGCCAGCGAGACGGUCAAGACCGGUGACUGGACCAUCGUCCUCGGAAAUCCGCUGGGCUUGCAGAAUACGUGCACCUUGGGCAUCGUAUCUUCACUUGAGCGCUCCACUGGGGAGACGGGUUUCGACUGGAUGAGACACCCACUCAUCCAGACCGACGCGGCGGUCAACCAAGGGAACAGCGGUGGGCCCAUGCUGAACGAGAUCGGUGAGGUGAUUGGGAUGAUCUCAAUGCGGGCCCUGUUUGGACCGCGCUCCCUAGCCUCCUUGCAGGGAGAAAGGUUCCACGCUCGUACAUUGGGGUCAAAAUGGCCAUGCAAGACCACAGCGGCCACGAGUGCGCCGUGGUGGAUGUGGUCUUGGAUGGGAGCCCCGCUGCUGAGGCAGGUGUGCAGGUCGGUGAUCAGAUCCUCGAGGUGGGCGGUCGGAAGGUCCGACACUUCGACGAGGUGCAGCUGGCUGUCCGAGCUCUGCCUGUGGACAAUCGUUUGA